GGAAGCGGCGGGCCCGGCAGUGGGCGGCAUGGCGUUCCGGCAGGCGCUGCAGCUCGCGGCCUGCGGGCUGGCGGGGGGCUCGGCCGCCGUGCUCUUCUCGGCCGUGGCGGUGGGCAAGCCGCGCGCAGGCGGGGACGCGGAGCCGCGCGCGGCCGAGCCGCCGGCGUGGAACGGGAGCGCGCGGCCGCCGGGCGUCUGGGACCCCAACUGGGACAGGCGAGAACCCCUGUCUCUAAUCAACCUGCGGAAGAGGAAUGUGGAAUCUGGAGAAGAAGAGCUGGCUUCCAGGCUGGACCACUACAAAGCCAAAGCCACUCGGCACAUCUUCCUCAUCAGGCACUCCCAGUAUCAUGUGGAUGGCUCCCUGGAAAAGGACCGCACCCUCACUGCACUGGGUCGUGAACAGGCUGAACUAACUGGACUCCGACUUGCCAGCUUGGGGUUGAAGUUUAAUAAAAUCGUCCAUUCCUCCAUGACUCGGGCGAUAGAAACCACUGACAUCAUCAGCAAGCACCUGCCAGGUGUCUGCAGGGUCAGCACAGACUUGCUUCGGGAAGGCGCCCCCAUUGAGCCUGACCCGCCCAUGUCUCACUGGAAGCCAGAAGCUGUGCAGUAUUACGAGGAUGGAGCCAGGAUUGAGGCUGCCUUCCGGAACUACAUCCACCGGGCAGACGCCAGGCAGGAAGAGGACAGUUAUGAGAUCUUCAUCUGUCACGCCAAUGUCAUCCGCUAUAUUGUGUGCAGGGCACUGCAGUUCCCGCCUGAAGGCUGGCUCCGGCUCUCCCUCAACAAUGGCAGUAUCACCCACCUGGUGAUUCGGCCCAACGGCCGGGUGGCACUCAGGAGCCUUGGUGACACAGGGUUCAUGCCCCCUGACAAGAUCACACGGUCCUGAGGGCUGGCUGCCCAUGGACACUGCAGGCCUGUCUUCUUGCACAGACUGUGACUUGAAGUGCUACCAGUUCUUCUGGCCCAAUGAAGAAAGGAGCUCUUGGGAUCAGGGGGCCAGAACAGGCUUGUGGGGGUUCAGAAGCCUUCUUCUUCGACAUCGGAGGUCAGCUGGAGGCCUGUCUGGGGACUGACGGUGUGGUCACUGCCGGACCACAGCAUGUUGUCUCCAAGGGGCCCUGCUCCACCAGCGGAGUCUGUCAGGCCAGAGCGUCGGAGGGGAAGCCGUGCCCGAGGCUUUAUUCAUAACCCACUUUUCAUUUCUAAAACCUUUUUUGUCACUUCAGUGUGUCAAUUAAACCGUAUCUUCUACUGUG